AUGACAAUCUACGUUUACUUACCAAUCGAUAAAAAUACAAAGUCACCAGACUACUUUUCACCAACCAUUGAAAAUACAAAGGACUCUUUGUUGGCUGCUAUCAGUGUAUUACCACCAGUUGCAGAAGAUGAAGACAACAACAAUCACUACUAUGGUGGUGGUAACAACGAUCCAUUUGAAGGUGUAUUAAAGGAAGUACACAAGGAAUGGAUUGAAGUCAUGUCAUAUAGUCACAAUGUUGCUAAUCAAUGUGACUCUGAAGCUGGUUCUGCUCACUUUGGUGAAUUUACAAUGACCAAAUUUAUUUGUUCAUUAUCACCAGUAUUAAAUUAUUUCUGUCUCAAAAACGAAUUCAUUCCAAAGGUUAUCUUUAGAGCUCAAACCACCAAGAAGAAAGGUAUCCUCAGUGUUUUGGAAUAUGAGUUUGAAGCAGUCGCCAUUACCAACCAAUCGGUGAGUGGAGGUGCCGGUGGAAAACCAGUCGAAACCAUCUCAUUGAAGCCAACCACUGUCAUGCACAAGAUGUAUGAGAUCGAUCUUGCAUCUGGCGAGUACAUCACUCAAAGAAAGAUGUCUUUCAACGUUUCAAGCAACUUGGGCAGCAGAUCCAUCGUCAACCAAGACAAGGUGAUUGACGACAUUGCCAAGGAUCACGUAUUGGACGACAAUGAACCAGAAAAGGUCAAGCUCCUCAAGGAAAUGGGUCUCGUCAGUGCUCACCAACACAAGUUUACCAACUCUUUCAACUAUUACAGAAUCCUCGCCUCUUUUGACCCACCACUCUACAAAAAGAUUGCCAUCCCAUCACCAAAGACUCGUGCCGGUCUCAUUGAAAACACUGCCAAGGCUAUUGGCAAGAAAGCCUCAGACAUUGAAGCAAUCUAUGAUUCUGGUAUCUUGGUUGAAAUCGAAUGUGAUGAAGAUUUGAAGGAUUUGAAUAGUUUAAGCAGUGUAUUUGUAAAGGUUGAUGGUAAAUAUAUUGGUAUUGAGAGUAAGCCAGAAGUUGCUCCAGAAGUUGCUCCUGUUGCUGCUGCUGAACCAGAAGUUGCCGCAAAUUAA